CAACUUGACGUUCUGUUAUGGCUCUCAAUUUCGCACACAAGUAUUUAUCCCCCGUUGUCUCGUUCGCUCGCUGUUUUUAUCCGCAACUUCCGCGGAAUUCGGUACGAGUGACAUCUACGUCGAGCUAACGUCAUCGGGAUCGCCGGCCACAUCGUUUACGCAAGUGACAGGCCCGUUGGUGCGAACGAAACGACAACAAAGCUCGGUGGAAGAUGUGCUGUCGUAAUGGGACGUUGGUCGCAUUGGCGUUAUUUCUGAUACUCUUCUGCGACAGCACGUCGUCAGAAUGCACGCAACUGGGGCCUUGCGUUUGCCGUCUACCGGACAACUCUUAUUACAAUUUGACUAGCCUCGCUGACAAGAAAGAACCGCUUAUUGCUGACAAAGAUGAUCUGACAGUAUACUUCCACCCAUGUAAAGAUAUAUCAAUUCCCAUCAGUGGUAAUUUAAAUAACCCAUGUUUCAAUGGAAGUGGAGUUUCACUUUGUAUGCUUGAGAAAGCAAAGAAAAUAAUAAAUCUUGGAACAAUUAACGAUACACAUAUGAAGUUAUCAAACGGCAAUAAUAAGUUUCCAGUGUUUGAAAUACAUCAUGAUAAUAUGACAUCGAUCAUAAAUAUUGUAUGCGUCAUUAACAGUGAUGUACAUUUUAUGAUAGAUCAGGUUUUCCCGGAUACCAAAACAUAUCAUUUUAUGCUGGUAUCGCCAUACGGAUGUAAAAAGGAACCGCAGAGAGGCUUGUCCACAGGUUCAGUUCUGGUCAUCUUGUUCUUCACCUUCGCUGGUAUAUAUCUUAUUGGUGGCGCUGUAGUGUUGAAAACAUUGAGGGGGGCAACUGGUUGGGAAAUGCUGCCGAAUCAUGACUUCUGGUGCGAGCUUCCUUUAUUAGUCAGAGACGGCAUCGUCUUCACCUUCAAUUGUUGUCGGGCAAACAGUUACGAGAGAAUAUAAGAUCUUCAUCGUCAUUUAAUGUUUAUUAAAUGCACGACCUUGUUAAAAUUUAGUACGUUAUAUAUAUGUAUAGUGAACGUUUGUACCCUAAAGAUUUUUUCUAUUCUUGUUCA